AUGGAAACGGUCGACGAGAAGAACCCCACCCCGGCAGCGGUGGCGGCGACCGAUGUCGAGAGCAGUCCGGUGGAAAAGCAUCCAGACGAGAAGGUCCUGCAGCAUUCACACGACGCCGAUGAGGCCUUGAAGGCCUUUUCUGGGCUCGAGGGAGAAUUGAUCGAGGUCGAUGAAGCGACCAACAAGAGACUCUUGAGGAUCAUUGACCGGCAUAUGAUGCCAUUGAUGUGCGUUAUCUAUGGCCUGAACUAUCUUGACAAGACGACUUUGUCAUAUGCAAGCAUUAUGGGAAUCAAGACGGAUAUUGGCCUGACGGGAGAUGACUAUCAAUGGCUUGGUAGCAUGUUCUACUUUGGCUAUCUGGCUUGGGAAUAUCCCACGGGUCAGCUUCUCCAGCGAUUGCCUCUGGGAAAAUAUUCUGCAUGCUGCAUCAUCCUGUGGGGGCUUAUCCUGUGCUGCUUUGCGGCAGUUAGUAACUACUCUGGCGCAAUUGCGAUCCGAUUUUUCCUGGGUAUAUUCGAAGCUGCAGUGACACCGGGGUUCGCCCUUCUCACCUCUCAGUGGUAUACUAAGAAAGAGCAAGGAACCCGUGUCGGUAUUUGGUUCAGUUUCAACGGUUGGGGUCAGAUAUUUGGAGGCUUGGUGGCAUAUGGUAUCGCCGUUGGUGCGCGUAAACAUGGAUCAGCAAUCGAACCUUGGAAGAUCAUCUUCCUAGUCACCGGCCUCCUGACCAUCGCCAUGGGAGUGUACUUCUUCUAUCUCAUCCCUGACAGCCAGCUGAAUGCACGCUGGUUGAAGAAAGAAGACCGGAUUCUCGCCGUUGCACGUGUGCGCGUCAACCAGCAAGGAAUUGGCAACAAGCACUUCAAGAAGUAUCAGCUGAAGGAGGCUCUUCUCGACCCCAUGACGUGGGCAUUUUUCUUCUACGCCCUCGUGGCUGAUAUUCCCAAUGGCGGUAUUAGCAACUUCUUCAGCCAACUGAUUGUGAGUUUCGGCUAUACGUCUGAACAGAGUCUGCUAUACGGAGUUCCAGGUGGAGCGGUGGAAGUCGUCGCUUUGGUUUUGAACGGAUAUCUUGGAGAUCGUUUCGGACAGCGACUUCUUUGCGGUUCUGGAGGCCUGGUGUGCUCGAUCGUUGGAAUGAUUCUCAUUGUCGCCCUGCCGCUGUCCAACAAUGUUGGUCGUCUGAUCGGAUAUUACAUGACCCAGGCAAGCCCAACUCCAUUCGUGGCGCUGCUGUCUCUCGUCUCGAGUAACGUUGCCGGCUACACCAAGAAGACUACGGUAGCAGCAUUCUACUUGAUCGGAUACUGUGUCGGUAACAUUAUUGGUCCCCAAGUCUUCCGUCCGCAAGAUGCUCCACGAUACGUCCCAGCUGAAAUCACCAUCAUCGUGUGCUGGGGUGUAUGUCUGCUGGACUUGUACUUCAUCUGGUGGUGGUACCGUCGACAGAAUGCGCAGAAAGCCGAGACUCGCGCGGAUCCUUCUUAUGUCAGGUUGGCGAACCAAGAAUGGCUCGAUCUCACUGACAUGGAGAACCCUGAAUUCGAGUAUACCCUUUAG